AUGGAGCUGCCUCCCCGGGGCCGGGCGCCGCCGGACUCCUCGCUGGACAGCGCCUCCCUGACCUCGCUGGACUCCAGCGUCUUCUGCAGCGAGGGUGAAGGGGAGCCCCUGGCGCUCGGAGACAGCUUCACCGUCAACGUGGGCGGCAGCCGCUUUGUGCUCUCGCAGCAGGCGUUGUCCUGCUUCCCGCACACGCGCCUGGGCAAGCUGGCCGUGGUGGUGGCCUCGUGCCGGCGCCGCGGGGCCCUGGCCGCGGUGCCCAGCCCCCUGGAGCUCUGUGACGACGCCAAUCCCGUGGACAACGAGUACUUCUUCGACCGGAGCUCGCAAGCCUUCCGCUACGUCCUGCACUACUAUCGCACCGGCCGCCUGCACGUCAUGGAGCAGCUAUGCGCGCUCUCCUUCCUCCAGGAGAUCCAGUACUGGGGCAUCGACGAGCUCAGCAUUGACUCCUGCUGCCGGGACAGAUACUUCAGAAGAAAGGAGCUGAGUGAAACGUUAGACUUUAAGAAGGACACAGAAGACCAGGAGAGUCAGCAUGAGAGUGAACAGGACUUCUCCCAGGGACGUUGCCCCACCAUCCGCCAGAAGCUCUGGAACAUCCUGGAGAAGCCUGGGUCGUGCACAGCGGCCCGAAUCUUUGGGGUCAUCUCCAUCAUCUUUGUGGCGGUGUCCAUCGUCAACAUGGCCCUGAUGUCAGCCGAGUUAAGCUGGCUGGACCCACAGCUGCUGGAAAUCCUGGAGUAUGUGUGCAUCAGUUGGUUCACGGGGGAGUUUGUCCUGCGCUUCCUGUGCGUGAGGGACAGGUGCCGCUUCCUGAGGAAGGUGCCGAACAUCAUAGACCUCCUUGCCAUCUUGCCCUUCUACAUCACUCUCCUGGUAGAGAGCCUGAGUGGGAGCCAGACUACACAGGAGCUGGAAAACGUGGGGCGCAUCGUUCAGGUUUUGAGGCUGCUCAGGGCUCUGCGCAUGCUCAAACUGGGCAGGCAUUCCACAGGCUUACGCUCCCUUGGGAUGACAAUCACCCAGUGUUAUGAAGAAGUUGGCCUGCUGCUCCUGUUUCUGUCUGUGGGAAUCUCUAUAUUUUCAACCGUGGAAUAUUUUGCUGAGCAGAGCAUUCCCGACACAACCUUCACAAGUGUCCCUUGUGCCUGGUGGUGGGCCACAACAUCCAUGACUACUGUGGGAUAUGGAGACAUAAGACCAGACACCACCACGGGCAAGAUUGUGGCCUUCAUGUGUAUCUUAUCGGGAAUCCUUGUUUUGGCCUUGCCCAUUGCUAUUAUUAACGACCGCUUCUCUGCUUGCUACUUCACCUUGAAGCUCAAGGAAGCAGCUGUUAGACAGCGUGAGGCUCUGAAGAAACUUACCAAGAAUAUAGCUACUGACUCAUAUAUCAGUGUGAACUUGAGAGAUGUCUAUGCCCGGAGUAUCAUGGAGAUGCUUCGACUGAAAGGCAGAGAAAGAGCAAGUACUAGGAGCAGUGGAGGAGAUGAUUUCUGGUUUUGA